UUACGUAUAAAUCCUUAAGUGAGUGGCUGUUUGUGCAUUUAAUAAGUUCGCCAGUACUUUAAAAUACUUUAUUUUUAAUUAAAAAUGUUUCAGAAAACCGUAUUAAAACCCACAACUUUGUUGAACGAAAUUAUUUCGAAAAUUGAUAAUAAAAAAUAUGAAUGUUUAGUGUUGGACUUCUUGCUUAUUGACAAAUAACCAAUAAAUUUGCAAAACAAUAUAGUUAUCAAUUAAUGGUUAAUUAGUUAUAAGUUACAAUCGAUUUUCUUAAUAUGAAUACGUUAAAGAAUUUAAAAUAAUUGAUUCCAAAUGCGUUUACCAGCUUAGCGAUUUGGAGAAAAAUUGUGGAGUAUAUAGUUGUACUAUUCCGUUCGUUGCUAUGAUGUUUGCACUAGAACUUUUACCGGCCGUAACAUCGCUUUCGUAACUGCAUUUGCAAUAAUGAAAUUUUAUAAUAAUUUGGAAUUCAAAUUCAAGAAUAAAAAAAUGAGUAAAGCAAAUGGAGCUACACCUCCACAAUAUACCUAUGUUCCGCCGCCAUCAGCGCCACCUUCUUAUCAAGAAGCUGUAGGAGGAGUUAAACCUGUGGGCCCUUUUACUCCAAUUACUGCACCCACAACGCCAUCAGUUAACAAUACCAUUGUAACUACUGUGGUACCUAUAGGCCGAACUGCCACGCAUAUGAUCUGCCCCUCUUGUCACGUGGAAAUUGAGACCACAACACGUACGGAACCUGGUAUGAUCGCCUACUUAUCGGGAUUUAUAAUAGCUUUAUUGGGUUGUUGGCUUGGAUGCUGUCUGAUACCGUGUUGCAUUGACGAUUGUAUGGAUGUACAUCACACGUGUCCUAAUUGCAAAGCAUACCUUGGACGUCAUCGGCGAUAAAAAACAUCGCGUAAAAUAUGGGAUCGCAAAGAGUUCUUAUACAUGUGUCUAACAAACAAAAACGAACCUUAAUCGAUAAAAAACUAUAAAAUGAUGGAUAAAAGUAACUGAUCAUAAUUCACGUUUUUACGAAUCUCAAUCUCUUUAUAUGUGCAUAUAUCCUUUGCAAACUUAUGAAUAUAUGCACGUAAAAAAUUUGAAGCAAUAAGUGAAGUUUGGAGUAAAUGUAAUUGCAUUCUACAAAAUUGGUGAGGCAGCUGUUUUAUGAUCAAAAUUCAUGAUCUAUAUGCAAUAUUUAUUAAAUAAAAAAUAUGAAAUAUUUGGAAUAAAUUAAAUUUUUUAAAAUGUAUGUUUAUAAUAUCCCCUUAUAAUAACACAAUUCGAAUUUCAAGCAUCUCGAUAAAACCGGGCGAUGAUAUUACUAUAAUCUUUAUGUUUGAACUUAAGUCAAAUUGGGAAUUAUUUCAAAUACCAAAUGUAAGAAAAGCACAAUUAAAUACUUUUAAAACUCUUGAAAAAAUGUAUGAAUCGAAACUUAAUACAUAAUAUGUCACGACAUGUUUAAAAUAAAUAUUUAUACCCAAAAUUUAUUUUUAAAUACCCAUUAGAUCCUCUGCGUCCGAUAGAUUCUUAAGUAGAAUUACAUAUAUCUUUAUGUGUAAAUUUCCUUAAGCCUUAGAAGCACAAUUCUUGCAUUACAUAAUAAUAAUUGCCUUGGAAGCUUUGUUUUAUACUAUUUAUGUGCCUUAUACAUUUAUACAAUUUAACACAAUACAAAAGUAAAGCCCUACAAUAUUUACAGUUUUUUAAAUAUAUGCAUAUUGACUUAAAUUAA